AUGAGUGACUCAAUAGACAUAGUUAAUUAGUAAUCUUGCUUUUAAGAGGAUAAUUUUUAAGGACCCAAUUUAAUGAUGGUUUCUGAAAGAAUUUUACUAGGAGAUGGAGAUGUCUAUUAAAAAUCACCAGAUAGUAACUCAUUUACUGUGCGUGAUCCAUCCAAAAUAUAAGAUCUGAGCAAAGAAUUGAUAGACUCUGUUCCAAUGGAUAUGCGUAAAUCAUAUAGAGGAUUAAAAAAAUCUGAAUAUUAGUCAGCUUAUGCGAUUGAAGAAGAAUUAGAAAUUAGUGGUAAACCACAAUUUUUAAAGCUUAUCAUCUCUAAAAGUCUACAAAAUAACUUCAUCAAUAAUUUAUGGAAUAGGAGUUAUCUAAGAAAAUUACAUCAGCUAUCACCUUUUUAGGUUUAAGCAUUAGAUGAUUUAUAAUUUGAAAAUGAAAUUUUCUAAGAGGAAGAUGAUAAUAGAAAGGAAAUCAAUAUUUUUGAAAUAAUUAAGAAAUUUUUUCUUCAAUUAGAUGUGUUCACACCAUAUAGUAAAUUAAUUUUUAUAUGGGAUUUGUUUUAGAUUUUCACUUAUGUUUUGAUAUUUUUUUGGUUGCCUUACAAAAUUUCAUUUUCUUUAGACUCUAUUGGAUAACUAUUAAACUUUAAAUCAAAAAAUUAAAUGAUUGAGAUAAUAUUAUUGACAAUCUUAAGUUUUGAUGUUGUUGUUGGAUUGAAUUUAGCAUUUAUUCAUAAAGGGAUUAUAAUAACAGAAAGAAAAAGAAUCAUUGUUAAUUAUUUUAAACAAUAUGCAUUUGUAGACCUUGUAAAUAUAAAGAUGUAUAUUAGUAAAUAAGGUUUCAAUAAGUACUGUAACAAUACAAUUUUUCAUUUUAAAUGAUGGAUAAUAAGAUCAUGAUAUAGACAAUAAUUUGACUUUACAAAUAAUAUUUUGUGUGAUAUUUUAUGUAUUGAGAAUGACAAAAAUAAAUAAAAUAUUAGCAUAAAUACAAGAGUAAAUAUAUUAUAUAAUGUUUAAAGAUUUUUCAAUUUAAAUGGUUCAUUAAAUGAUUUAGUUGGAUUAUUAAAGUUAACAAUGAUAAUUUUAUUUAUUGCUCAUAUUUGUGCAUGUGUUUGGCAUGGAGUAGCCUACUAUAAUGAUUCUUAUUCUUGGUUAGAUGCUUAUAAUUUGAGAGAUUAAGGGAAUGCAUCAAAAUAUAAUAAAGCAAUAUAUUGGGCUACAAUGACAAUGACAACAGUUGGAUAUGGAGAUAUUACUGCUAAAAAUAAUUUAGAAUUAUUGAUUAAUAAUUUGACAAUGUUCAUAGCUUCUAUUGUUUUUGCUUAUUCAGUAAAUAGUAUAGGAAUAUUUGUAUCAAAUAUGUAUAAAGGUACUAUGGAAUAUAGUAGAAGUGUUACUCUAAUCAAUACAUUUAUGUCAAAGAAUAAGAUUUAAUUUGAACUUUAGACUAGGAUUAGAAGUUACUUAGAAUAUAUUUGGUAAGAAGAAUAAAAUAUGAAUGAUGAUGAAGUAUCAUAAAUUAUUUGUAAAUUAAGUAGUCAUUUAUAAGAUGAACUAUAAUUUUAAUUAAGAGGAAAUAUUUUAAGAAAUUGUAAAGUAAUGGUUAAGAUAUUUUCUGAAAAAAUGAUUAAGUGUUUAUUAGGAUAAAUGGAGGAAUAAAGUUUUUCACCUGAAGAGAGAAUAAUAACUAUAAAUUAAAUUGAUGAUGGUUGUUUAUAUGUUAUUACAAAAGGAGAAAUUGAAUUAAUUUUUGAAGGAAUGAAUAAUCUAAAUGAAAGAUACAAAAGAAAUAGUUUAAAAUAUCUAUUUUAAGGUGAUUUCUUUGGUGAACUUUCAUUUUUUACAGGAGAACCUAGAAAAUGCACAGCAAUUUCAAGAGGAUUUACAAAGGUAUUUAAAAUAAAAAGAGAAAACUUUUUAAAGGUAUUAUCUUCAUUUCCAAAUGAUUAUGAAAAGUUUUGUGAAGUUAAACAUUAAUUAAAAUAAGGAGAUUUUAGUUCUUUAUAGAUUUCAUGCUAUAGUUGUUAAAGUAAUUCACAUUUAUUGGAUUCUUGCAAUUACUUACAUUUUUGUGCAGAUAAAGAAGCAAUUUUAAAAAAAGAACUUUAUCCACAUUAUCAAUAUCGUUCUCGAUUAGUUAGUAGAGGUGCAAAGGCUUUUAAACAUAAUUGGGAUUAAUAUAAAUAUAUUGUUUAAAGAGCAAAAGACUUUUAAACAGAUUUUUAUUAAUAACCAACUGAUAAUGAAAAUGAUGAAUAACCUUCAUAAAUUGCUAAUGAUAAUUACACUUAUGAAGACGAAUCUAAAAGUAUGAAAUUAAAAAUAAUUAUUUUUAGUUGAGAUUGAUGUACCUUCAACACUUAAUUAAAGAAGUAAUUCAAGAUCAUUAAGCAGAGUUAGUUAAAAACCAAAUCAAGUAAUUAUUGAAGAAGAAGAUGAUUCUAAAUUAUAUACAAGAAAGGUAGUUAAUCCAAGAGGAACAUUAUAGACAGCAGGAUUUGGUAAUGCAAGUUUAAGGGAAAGCAAAAAGUUUGAUUUAGCAAAGGAAUAUGAAAUUGAAUAACCUAUUUCUGAAGAAUCAUCAUCAGAAGAAAAAGAUUAAAUUAUCAUCCCAUCAGUUUAAAAAACAAAUUAAGACAGAAUUUAAAAACAAAAAAUUACUUUCAUUAGAAAAGAAUCCUCUGAAGAUAUAGUACCAAGAUAAGCUUCUCUUCGUUCUAGAACAUUUACUCAUAAUAAAUUAUAAUCAGAAAUUUUGAAAAGAAGCACAACACCUGAUAGGUUGAGUUCAGAAAUUGAAAUAUCUCCAAAUUAAAAUAUUACAAAGAGAAUGACAGGAAAGAAACAUUCAACUACUAAGACAUUUACAAAAUAAGUUUAAGAGGCUACAGAAGGCAAUCAGAAUAUGACUUCUAUGAUGGAUAAUUAAACAUACUUACCUAUUAUACCAUAAAUAUAUUCUCAAUUUGAUAAGAUGUAGAUAUUUACUCAUUUUUUCCCUUUUAGUAAUUAUGAUAUUGUAAUCAAAAGAUAUUAAAAAAUACAAAAGUACUUUGGUAAAAAGAGAUAAUAUCCAGAGUCAUCAAAAUAUUCAUUUUAUUUUAUGACAAUUAAAAAAGGAUGGAAAUUAAGAAAAUUAGGACAAAAAUUAUAAGGGUUAAAAUUAGUAGAUACAAUAAAGAAACCAUUUGGAAAAACUAUAUAGAGUGGUAAGAUUAUUAAAUCUAAAAAUUUAUUAACUAAUCUUGGAAAUACUGGGUAAGUAAUUCCUUAUUUAAAAGAUGGUUAAGUAUUAUAAGAUGAAAACUUAUGA